UGUUCAUCUUCUUUUCUCUCUUACCUCUCUACUAUUAUAUAUAUCUUCACCUUGGUUUAGUUCGUAUACUCUCAUCACUCUUAAUUUUAAAAACUACCCAGUUUCAGUUUUAAUCAGUCUCCUAUUCCAGAAUGAGAGAAAUUCUCCACAUUCAAGCUGGUCAAUGUGGUAACCAAAUCGGUGGCAAGUUUUGGGAAGUUGUGUGUGAUGAACAUGGCAUUGAUGCCACUGGAAGUUACAUUGGCAACUCUCGUGUUCAACUUGAGAGGGUUAAUGUUUACUACAAUGAAGCAAGUGGUGGGCGUUAUGUCCCAAGAGCUGUGUUAAUGGACCUUGAACCAGGCACCAUGGACAGCUUACGUACAGGACCUUAUGGUAAAAUAUUUCGACCUGACAAUUUUGUUUUCGGUCAAAAUGGUGCUGGAAACAAUUGGGCGAAGGGGCAUUACACUGAAGGAGCUGAAUUGAUCGAUUCAGUUCUUGAUGUUGUUCGUAAGGAGGCUGAGAAUUGUGAUUGUUUACAAGGCUUUCAGAUUUGCCAUUCUCUGGGAGGUGGGACUGGCUCAGGAAUGGGAACCUUACUGAUCUCAAAGAUCAGAGAAGAAUAUCCUGAUAGAAUGAUGUUGACUUUCUCAGUUUUCCCCUCUCCUAAGGUCUCUGAUACUGUGGUUGAACCUUACAAUGCCACUCUCUCCGUACACCAGCUAGUUGAAAAUGCUGAUGAGUGCAUGGUACUUGACAAUGAAGCUCUCUAUGACAUCUGCUUCAGAACUCUUAAGCUCACAAAUCCCAGCUUUGGUGACUUGAACCAUUUGAUCUCAACAACAAUGAGUGGAGUAACAUGCUGCCUUCGAUUCCCUGGUCAGCUCAACUCGGAUCUCCGAAAGUUAGCUGUAAAUCUAAUCCCUUUCCCUCGCCUGCACUUUUUCAUGGUUGGUUUUGCACCUUUAACCUCUCGUGGGUCACAACAGUACCGAGCCUUAACAAUUCCUGAACUUACUCAACAAAUGUGGGAUGCCAAAAAUAUGAUGUGUGCUGCUGACCCUAGACAUGGACGCUAUUUAACAGCCUCAGCAAUGUUCCGAGGCAAAAUGAGCACCAAGGAAGUUGAUGAACAGAUGAUAAAUGUACAGAAUAAGAAUUCAUCAUACUUUGUUGAGUGGAUCCCCAACAAUGUUAAAUCAAGUGUUUGUGAUAUUCCACCAACUGGGCUAUCUAUGUCUUCAACAUUUGUGGGGAAUUCCACAUCUAUUCAGGAAAUGUUUAGGCGUGUUUCGGAGCAAUUCACAGUCAUGUUUAGGAGAAAGGCGUUUUUGCAUUGGUACACAGGAGAGGGGAUGGAUGAAAUGGAAUUCACAGAAGCUGAGAGCAAUAUGAAUGACUUGGUUUCAGAGUAUCAGCAAUAUCAGGAGGCUGCUGCUGUGGAUGAAGAGGAGUAUGAGGGAGAGACAGAGGAGAAUUAAAAUGAUUUUAAUUUGGCUAUGAGCGUGGCCGCAACAUGUGUCGUGUGAUUUGUUUUGUUUGUGAAUUGAUGAAUAAGGAGGCCUCUGCUGAUAAAUGUGGGGAGUUUUCUCUGGAUCUAUGCUGUGAUUUCUAAUUGUGUACAUGUUUUGUAAUUAUAAAUAUAUGAUCUCGGAUCACAUCUACAUUGGUGGGUCA